UUUUGAACUAAACAAGUUGGUACAAAUGGACAAGUAAGCUUUAGUUAAUUUGAUAAGUUUAAAAAAAGUGUAUUAUUAAUAAUAUUGGAUAGUUGAAAUCGAAAAAUAAUGUCUUUAGUGUGUGCGAUUUCUAAUGAAGUACCAGAACACCCAGUGGUGUCGCCAUCCUCGGGUGCGAUAUUUGAAAGACGAUUAAUUGAAAAGUAUAUUGUAGAAAAUGGGGUUGACCCAAUUAGUGGGCAAGAGCUUACUAAAGAACAGCUUAUAGAUAUCAAAACACCCCCUAUCGUAAAACCAAAACCGCCCAGUGCAACAAGUAUUCCUGCAACAUUAAAGUCACUUCAAGAUGAAUGGGAUGCUGUUAUGUUACAUAGUUUCACACAACGUCAGCAAUUACAAACUGCUCGACAAGAACUUAGUCAUGCAUUGUAUCAACACGAUGCAGCUUGUCGAGUUAUUGCUCGCCUUAACAAAGAAGUAACGGCGGCCAGAGAGGCGUUGGCCACAUUAAAACCACAAGCAGGUAUUGUUGCGGGUGCUGGUAUUCAACAACCAGCUGUUGCUGCAGAAGCUGGUGGAGUGGCAACUCAACCUAGUGAACAAGCUGCUGGCAUGAGUCCUGAAGUUAUACAACAAUUGCAAGAACGUGCGACAGUUUUAACACAAGAAAGAAAACGUCGCGGUAGAUCUGUACCAGAAGAAUUGGUCUCACAAGAAAGUUUACGUUCCUUUAGAACUUACGCUUCACAUCCAGGUCUCCAUUCAGCUGGUAUUCCUGGAAUAUUAGCAUUAGAUAUUCACGGAUCGAAUACUAGUAAGAUUUUAACAGGUGGUGCUGAUCGCAAUGCAACUAUAUUUAAUAAAGACACCGAACAAGUGGUUGCCAUAUUAAAAGGCCAUACAAAGAAAGUAACAAGAGUUUUAUAUCAUCCAGACGAAGACCUUGUGGUUACUGCUUCACCAGAUCAAACAAUCCGUGUAUGGAAUGUUCCAACAUCUCAAACAACAUUACUGCUUAGAUUUCAUGAAGGUCCAGUUACGGGACUUUCGCUACAUCCCACUGGUGAUUAUGUUUUAUCAACAUCCGAAGAUCAACAUUGGGCAUUUUCUGAUAUACGUGCCGGACGAUUGUUGACAAAGGUGGUUGAUACAAAUAAUGCUCCAUUAACUACGGCACAAUUCCACCCUGAUGGAUUAAUUUUUGGAACUGGUACUGAUGAUUCAUUGGUGAAAAUUUGGGAUUUAAAAGAACAGAGCAAUGUUGCAAAUUUCCCAGGUCAUUAUGGAGCUAUUACAAGUAUUUCAUUCUCUGAAAAUGGUUACUAUUUAGCUACAGCUGCUGAUGAUGCUUGCGUUAAAUUAUGGGAUUUACGUAAAUUGAAAAAUUUCAAAACAUUACAAUUAGACGAAGGUUAUCAAAUAAAAGAUUUAUGCUUUGAUCAAAGUGGUACAUAUCUAGCCAUAGCCGGUACAGAUGUUCGAGUAUACCUUUGCAAACAAUGGCAAGAAUUAAAAGUAUUUAAUGAUCACACAGCUGCCGCUACUGGAGUACGAUUUGGUAGACAUGCACAUUAUAUUGCGUCAACUUCAAUGGAUCGAACGUUAAAAUUAUAUGGAAUUCAAUAGUUAUAAUUUAGUGUGUUGUGUGUACUUUUUAAAUAUUCGAACUUUUUAAUAAUAAUACAAAUAUAGUUUUUAUUU